CGAACGGUCUCACAUUUUCGACAACGAACAAACCCAACUAUACUUCCAAACGAAUCCUUCUAUCUUACCACAACUCUCAAACCAAGUCAUCCCCCACCACCAAAAUGCAACUCACUACUGCCUUCGUUGCCUCCGUGUUGGCCACCUCCGCAAACGCCGUGACUUACUCAGGCAUGGUGUACUUUGCUGACGCAGGCGACUGCCCGUCCGCGACGGCCAGCACCCCCGUCUUGAACUUCGAUUAUUCAUACGACAACCUUUGUUUAUCCGUCGCUGAUAACUCGGACUGGGACAGCGAUGAUUAUGGCGCUAUCAUGCAAGCCAGCGUCACCGGAGCAAACAACAUCGGCCCGAAGAAGUUUGGUGGAUGCCCCACGGACAAGUGUGACAAGGAUUGCACGACUGUUGACAUCGAGGGUGACAACGGUAAUGAACUUUCAGCGGAGUGCGUGCAGGUCAAGGGCGCGCCGUACAUCUAUAUUGGAAACUAAAGAGCUUGUCUAUGAACGUGGUGAGAUUCAAAUGACACUUCAAGGAUUAUCUCAUGUUUUGUGAUUUGGUAUUGGAGAUUUCUUGAUAUUUAUACUGGACAGUAUGUGCCUGAUAGUUAUAUGUUCGAACCCUUUGUAUAUAGAAAAAAAAAAUCUAUCCUUGUCUCUUAAUGACAGCAAGAUACUGAGG